GCGGAAGCGGAAGCGGAAGGCAAGAAGCGAGGCCGACGUCCUGCUCGCUGCCAGAGGGACGCUGCUCGCCUGAGUUGGAUUUUUUUCAUCACGGCUAUGAUUGACAGAGUCAGCAGAGGUUUACACUGGCAUGUUCGCGUACUCGCUCGGUUGUUAUCGUAACAGUAAUAUCUGCAGUAUGGCGAGUCCAGCAAGAGCCCAGAGUUGUCGACAGUUACACUCAACAGCAAGAAUAUCAUGUAUCGGAUUUUUGAGGAUGUUAUUUAUUGCUUUUAUUCACACAACGCGGGCGAAUAAACAAGCUUUCAUUCAGUCGGACACAAUUCUAGAGGUUCUACAUUUUGGUGAGGGAAGCCUUUUACAGGCCGAGUCAGACAUUGAUUUUAGUUUAUUUCAUCAACAAAGCACAUCGCCUCAGCGGGGGAACUGCCGACCUAUACGAUUUGAACCUCCAAUGUUAGACUUUCAUGAACAGCCUGUUGGAAUGCCAAAAAUGGAGAAAGUUUAUUUACAUAAUCCUAGCACAGAAGAAAUUAGUUUGAUAUCAAUAUCAGCAACAACAGCACAUUUUCACGCAUCCUUUUUCCAGAAUAGGAUCAUUCCACCUGGAGGGAACACGUCAUUUGAUGUUGUGUUUCUUGCUCGAGUUGUUGGCAAUGUAGAAAACACUUUAUUUAUUAACACAUCACACCAUGGGGUUUUUACAUACCAGGUUUUUGGGGUGGGCAUCCCCAACCCCUACAGGCUGAGGCCCUUUAUAGGGGCUCGGGUGCCUGUAAACAGCAGCUUCUCACCCCUGAUAAACAUCCACAACCCAUACAGUGAACCGCUGCAGGUUGUUGAGAUGUACUCCAGUGGCGGGGACCUACAUUUAGAACUUCCCACAGGUCAACAGGGAGGCAGUGGAAAGUUAUGGGAAAUACCUCCAUUUGAGACCAAGGGGGUGAUGAGAGCCAGCUUCUCCUCGAGAGAUGCCGACAAUCACACGGCUUUCAUCAGAAUCAAAACAAACGCCCCCAAUGAGGAUCAGUUCAUCAUCCUCCCUGUAGAGGUAGAAGUAACGUCAGCCCCUGGUAUAUACUCCUCCACAGAAAUGCUUGACUUUGGUACGCUACGAUCACAAGAUCGCCCAAAACUGCUGAAUCUGCACCUUUUAAAUUCAGGAACAAAGGAUGUACCAAUUACAAGCGUGCGUACCACACCAUCAAAUGAUGCCGUCACCAUAGAUUUUAAAGCAGUCACACUUAAAGCUGGCGAGAACAGAUAUACCAAAGUUGCAAGUAUUAGUUUUGAUGCCUCAAAGGCGAGAAGAUCAUAUCACUUUUCCGGUAAAAUAACUGUAAAAGCAAAAGAAAAGAGCUACUCCAAGCUUGAAAUCCCAUACCAGGCGGAGGUUUUAGAGGGAUAUUUGGGCUUUGACCACACAGCUACAUUGUUCCACAUCAGGGACAGUCCAGUGGACCCGGUGGACAGACCCAUCUUCCUCACAAAUGCAUUUAACUUUGCGAUCUGGAUACACAAUGUGUCGCUGCCUGAUGAGGCCAAAACCAUGUUUAAUGUGCAGAACUUCAGUGCGCCCAUCCUCAUCCCCCCUCACGAAUCACGUUACAUCUUCUCCCUCCUCUUCCGACCCAUUCGACCAUCGAUCCACAUAGACAGCAACAUUUUACUCAUUACAAACGCAUCCAAGUUCCACCUGCCUGUCCGGGCCUACACAGGCUUUUUGGAGACACUGGUCCUGCCUCCCAGUCUGAAGGACAAUGUCCUAGACUUUGGUGUCCGCAGUGCAACAGAUACCAGCAGCAUUGCAUUUGUGAUGGUCAACAGUAAUCCCAUAGAGCUGGAGAUAAAGUCCUGGCUGGUAACUGGAGACAGUCUUUCCAUGGAGCUGCUAAAGACAGAGAAAGGAAACACAACAGUGGCUCUGAGUCACCUGCUAGAGCUGCAGAACACGUCAGCCUCUCAUCACAAAACCGUGAUAUUAGCAUCUGGCUACUAUGCAGCGUUUCGAGUGACACUGGUGGCCAAGGCACUGGAGGGCAUGUAUGAUGGAGCUAUCCACAUAACCACAGACUAUGAGAUUCUAACCAUCCCAGUGAAAGCCAUCAUCGCAGUAGGCACAUUAAGCAGCUCCCCCAAAACCAUCAUUUUACCACUUUCAUUUCCAGGAAAAGUAGUUCACCAAAGCUUCAGCAUACAGAGCUCCUUUACACAGAAAGUGAGGCUGCAGCAGAUUCGCUCCCUAACAGAAGAUAUACGUUUUUAUUAUAAACGGCUUCGCAACAACAAAGACGAACUUGAGCCAAGACGUAAAUCCAAGGUGGCAAAUAUUUAUUUUGAUGCCGGCUUGCAGUGUGGUGAUCACUGUUAUGUGGGGCUGCCAUUUGUGCUUAAAUCUGAGGCCAAGCCUCAUGGACUAGCUUUGCAGGAGGACAUCUGGGAUGCUGAUGUUGAUCUUCAUCAAAAGCUUCUCAGACGAUGGAAGGAGCUAAAUGAGCGCUCUGGACAUAAGAUCGAAGCUGUCUUUGAAGUCAACACAAAUCUUCAGAAAAACGUCCAAGCUAAAGUUACAGCACAUUUGACGUGGCCUUCACUUGUCAACUCUACACAACGCAUAACGUUCCCUUUGACCAACACAAACAGCUCCUCUGAUGAAGAGGUGACUCUACACAACCCUGCAGAUGUUCCUGUUUAUGUUCAAGUUCUCCCCCUGGCGCUGUUGCCCAAUCCCUCUGUGUUUUCUGGAAAAUUGGCUGAAAGGUUGCCCAUGGGAAAUGUAUCGAACAUCAACAUUGACUCAAACACCUUAGAGUUUCAAGUUCACAGAAAUCAAACCCCAAUAAUAAAAGGCAGUACAGGGUUUGUAGAAGGCUCAACCAGACCCUUUGUAUACAACCUCCUCCUCCUGCCUGGAGAAAUAAAGUCAUUCAAUGUGAGGUUUACUCCCAUCAGCAACCACAGCGUCUCCUCUCUCCUUAUAAUCAGGAAUAAUCUAACUGUCAUCGAUACAAUCGUACUUCACGGAAGAGGUACAACAGAGAGCCUGAAAGUUGCAGGGAAGCCUCCAGGACAAGGCAGCUCGCUGAGGUUCAAGAUGACUGAAUCUCUGCUCAAAGACUGCACCGACAAGACAAAAAUCAAGGAGCCCAACUUCACCCUUAAAAGAACCUUUAGAGUGGAGAACACAGGCCUGCUCCCCAUCACCAUCAAGUCUGCAGAGAUCAACGGACAAGCUUGUGAAGGAUAUGGAUUCAAAGUUCUCAACUGUCAAGAAUUUGCACUCAAGCCAAACACGUCAAAAGACCUCAUCAUACUGUUUACACCCGACUUCACUACAUCUCGAGUGAUCCGGGAGCUGAAACUGGUAACAUGUGGAGGCUCAGAGUUUGUGUUUAGCCUGAAUGCCUCCUUGCCCUACCACAUGCUAGCUGCAUGUGCAGAAACCCUGCCCAGGCCAAGCUGGGAGCUGGAGCUCUACAUCAUCGUAUCUCUGGUGAUGAUUUCCAUGUUUCUGUUGGUGAUCGCUACAGCCUACCUGGAGGCUCAGAGCAUCUGGGAGCCUUUUAAGAGACGUGUGUCCGUGGAGUCCAACUCCAGCAUGGAGACUGGGAGGCCAUUCAAUCUCAGGGAAAUUGUCCAAAUUCAUGAUUCAAAUGAGUCAUCCCAGAACCCCAGAGGAUACGCAUCCACCAACGGAGCAACUCGGGUUGGAGCCCGUCAGGGUAACAGCCGCAGCUUAUCAGAUUCUGACAACCAAGAUAAGAGGUCCAGGAUUGGCCGCCCAUCUAUGCAACCCGCUUCCUCCCAGCUGACCAAAGGAAGUACAACCUCAUGCCAGGACGGCCCUCAACCUGCCUGUCAGUCUACUAACCGCAAGGCUCGGACUACCAAACAGCCAGACCUCCCUAGUCAGAGCUUGGCUGGGUCGUCGACACUUUCCCCCAGAGGCCUCGGCCCUGAGGAUGUGGAAUAUGCCAACCUGAUAGGAGCCAUGGACAAUGACCUUGACCGUCCGGAGCCUGUAGGCGCUGAGGUUUUACAGGAGCAGAGCUCUCAGUCAAUACAGAACAAAGGGAAGGCUCGUGGUAAAACAAAAGCUCAGAGGAAAAAGGAAGAGAAAGAGAGAAAAUCUACAUUAAAGACUCAGGGAGACGAGCUUAAAGACAACCUGGCCGACAAUGACGACAGCUCCUCCACAACUACAGAGACCUCAAACCCAGAUAUGGAGACAAACAUCAAAGAGGAACCAGUGAAAAAGAAAGGCAGAACAGCUCCCACAGGAAAAGUCAAAGAGGAGACUUCAAAUGUCAUGAUCAAAAGCAAAACUAAGAAACAAGUAGCCGCAAAGAAAGAGACUCCAGCAGAAGAUACCAGCACUCUGGAGCUGCCGUAUGUGCCGCUGGAAAACAAACCACGGAAGAGCUUCGCCUCCAAAGCUCUCCACCCUCUCAACACCAUCCCCAGACCCCUGCAGAAACAUAGACUAGAUGGGAAGAUGGAGGACAGACGUCCCUCUCUGUUGGACAAAUUGUUCUCCAGUGCGUCGGGGCCGGAGCUGGGCCACAGCAGCAGCUCCGAGGGCGAGAAGGAGCUGGCCCCUCCAGAAUGGGACGUGCCACUGUCCAAGAACAGCGUCCAAGCAGACAGUCUUCAGCAGAUCUCCCUUCAGACAAUUAACGCAGACCCUUUCCUGAAAAGAGCUGCCACAAGUGGAACAAUGUCCCCUCCGCCAACAUCCCCCAGCUCACUGUCCAGAGGCACCUACAGCAGCGUGCUCAACAGUAACAGUAGUGAGGGAAACCAGAAGAAGGCUCCAGGAAAUAAAUUAUCCACAGCCACUCCACUCCUAGGCAAAAACGGGACUCCUACCUUUGCUGCUGUCGCUGCCGGUUAUGACAAAAGCCCAGGUGGUUCUGGUGCAGGUAAACCUGACAACCAAGCAAAGAGCCUGGCACACAUGACCUCAGUGGAGAGUGACAGCUCCGACAGCUCUGGAAUGUGGAGUCCUAUCGUCAGUAUUCCAAACUACAGUUCUGCCAACACAUUCUCUGCUUUUGGGCCCAACAAUUCCUUUAACCUGACUGGAGUUUUCAGCGGAAUUAACGCCCCCAAGUCCAGUGAGCCCCAGCAAAGCUGGCCUGAGAUCAGCCCCGCCAUCUGGGAGGUGCCAAGCAGCGACCCCCUGCACUCGUGGGCCAGCAGCCCCAGCUCACCAGCUGUGCCAGCUGCAUCACUCCUGGGAAACAACCAUAAUCCCUGGUCUGCAACCACACCCUACAGCAGCUCCAUUUGGUCCACCAGCGCAGAUUCAGGGUUAAACCCCUUUUCUCCCACGGCCAAUCCACCUACUCUGACUGAUCUGGUGACCAGUCCCGCCCCGUCGCCACCCGCUUCCACAGAGAUGAGUCGCAACUUCAACCCGUGGAGCCUGUGGGGCCCCACCCUGAGCAGGCGCAGCUCGGAGCCAUGGCCCAGCUCCUCCGACAGCGGCAACUAAAACCACACAACGGCACUUAAACACAAGCACAUUGUGGAUUCGAUGUGUGUUGUGUGUUGAAGGAAAUAGUUUUUUCUUUUAAUCGACGAAUCCCAACAGAAAGCAAUGUUACCCAGCGUUUGGUAGCCCAGUGUUGUAGGUUACCAUUCACGCAAUUUAGUUCAUGCAGCUUUUUAUUCAGGGGGCAGAAAUGCUAAUUUUAUUUGGGUUUCUUUUAACAGGUGCCCCCUAAACUCCAAAAUAUUGCUAGCAUGGUAUGCUAAUGCUAGAGCAGAGGUUCUGCUCCUAUAGAACGACUGGCAGUGAAGCAUUUCUUCUGACAAUUUGGAACAUGGCACAGAACCUUGAGUCUGGAAGAGACAUCUUAUUUUAAGCCAUGUGUCUUGUUUUCACGAAAAUUUAUCAAAAUGGUUUCUUCCAAAGAUUUGUUUAAAAAGUCAGCUUUGAUUACAUUUCAAUUAAACCGAUUGCGCCACACUUUUAAAUGGCAGCAGACAGUCUAAAUGAAGAACCUUCACCAACGGCUAAAGAGCUUUGAAGAGCUUUUAAGAGCUCAAAACUGUUCAAGCCUUCUGUAAUAAUAAAUUUGGUCAAAUAAUGAAAGGAUAUUUAAGUUUGAGGUCUGUAUUGUACAUUGCCUCUAUUUGUCAGCAAAUUUAAAUAAAGGAUUUCAGCAAGA